UCUACAACCCCGUCAAAUGGGAUCUGUCGACCAUUCACUGGGACACUUUGAUCACAUCCUUCGAAUGUAGGCUCAACGAGACUACGAAGGCUUAAACCUGGGAAGAGAAUUGACGACAUGUCUGUUGUUAAUAUGUCCAAGCCAAAAGUCUCCAACACUAAAUAAUACGAAGUAACAACUCGACUUUUCCCGUUGAUUAAAAUGGGCUGCCCGCGACGGAGUCUAGUCGGCAAUUCGGGGUCUUUUUGGGAAUUAGUAGCUGCCAAUGACGUCGCUCUAGCAGCUUAUGAUGUGGGGUAGAUAAGAAGGGAAAAUGCUCCAGCUCUAUCUCCCCUCUUCUACGUCUCGAUAAUUCGAAAAAACUGCCGGGGAGGAGCUUGAGGGGCACCAAGUUCAUAAUUCAUUACGUUGUACAUAUUAGAAAGCAUAAUCGCAUCGUUAGAGACUCAAUUGACUUCACGGGAUCAUAGAUCUACUUCUCCUUAUUAGUAGUUAGAAGAAUAUAGUAUUGUACAAGCAAGUACAUACACAGUGGCCUUCAGACUCUUCGCGAAAAUGGCCUUCGAGACCAAAGCCACCAUCGCCAACUUCGGCGGCAAGCUGCUCAAGCUGCAGCACCAAUCCUCCAGCACCGGCACCCCCAUGGACGUGAACCUUUUCCUGCCCCCGGCCGCCCUCGCCUCUCCCGCAUCCAAGGUCCCCGUCCUCAUCUACCUGUCAGGCCUCACCUGCACGCCGCAGAACUGCACGGAGAAGGGCUUCUUCCAGGCGCACGCGGCGCGGAAGGGCAUCGCGGUCGUCUGGCCGGACACCUCGCCGCGCAGCGCGGACCCGUUCCCCGGCGAGGCCGACAGCUGGGACUUCGGCGCCGGCGCCGGGUUCUACGUGGACGCGACGCGGGCGCCGUGGAGCGCGCGCUACCGCAUGGAGACGUACAUCACGUCGGAGCUGCCGGCGGCCCUGUUCGCCGCGUUCCCCGACGCCCUGGACCCGGCGCGCGUGAGCCUCACGGGCCACAGCAUGGGCGGCCACGGCGCGCUGACCCUGUUCCUCAAGCACCCGGGUAAGUACCGGAGCGUGAGCGCGUUCGCGCCCAUCGCGAACCCGUCCCGCUGCCCCUGGGGCGAGAAGGCGUUUACCGGGUACCUGGGCGCGGAGGACCGCGAGGAGUGGAAGAAGCACGACGCCACGGAGCUGGUGCGCGGGUGGGCGGGCAAAGACAUCAAGGCGCUGGUCGAUGUCGGGACCGGGGAUAAUUUCUAUACGCAGGGGCAGCUGUUGCCGGAGAACUUCGAGAAGGCGGUUCAGGAGGCCGGGGUGAAGGGGUUGGAGUUGAGGUAUCAGCCGGAGUAUGAUCACUCGUAUUUCUUCAUGUCGACUUUUGCUGGGGACCACGUCGAACACGCUGCCAAGUACCUAUUCGCGUGAGGAUUAGCUCGGGAAAGGGGGGGUUAGUUACAUAAUCAUCCCCCAACAGCUACAGAAGCCCGGUACCACACAGCAUAUUAUGUAUAUGUACGCUUUUUCCUCAAGUGCUAUGAAAUUAUUAGGCGCGAGUGUUACCUCGAAGCAGAGGCCCUAGUCACAGUGAUAAUAGAGACACCAACAGCUUAAGACUACUGGCUUAGGAGUAGUACUAUUUACACGUCCUGGGAGCAACAGGUAGAACUCGUAAAAGAUAAUUUCGGAACACAUAUUACGUACCCUCAAAAUAUCAAAUUGUUCAGAAAAUUCGAAAGUGCUUCUUUAUUCAGAUUACGUGGUGGUAUAUAUUGACACUGUAGCUGCGGAUAUCUUCAAGCAAGAAAAAAAAGACAAUACUUCGCUUCUGGGGUGCGUCGUUAGGUCUGAACCAUGUUACUC